AGCAUUUCGAGGAUCACUGCAGACUGUGCACAUGUUUUGUGAAGUAUGAAGAUCGCGAUAUGCCGUUGGCGGUGAAACCCUAUAGCGUCGUCGAAAAUCCUUACGAUUCAAGCGAGGAGAGUUGUCUUGCAACGUGUCUUCAGAAUAGUCAAUGUCAAGGUGUUGUAUUUGGAAUUGUCGGUGGUCGCGAUGUGUUCACGUGCGAAUUCUACGAUAAACAAUUCAACGAUGAACUGAAUGACCAACUCAUUUACGAACCAUACGUUCAUACCUACUUCAAAAAGGAUACCAAAUGCGAAACACAAAGUUAG